AGGAACAUCUUGAGUAAAUGAUGACAGAAUUAUCAUAUUUGUGUGAACUGUCGCUUUAAUGAUAUCUGCAUUAUCUGUAGGCGCUCUUGCAGUUACACUCGUUCGACAGUAGAGGUCGAGUUUGCUCUGAACUGUCAAUCAUUUUCCAAAAGCAGUAGUUUUAUUUGUUUCAUGACUCAAAACCUCUCUCACAGUUAAGGGAAGGCAAACACACGUUCUUUAUUUGUUUUAUCUAAUAUUAUAUCAUCCGCUGGCAGCGGAGUAGAUCAUAUUACAUCCGGUGGUUCGCCAGAGGCCCCGCCCAUCACGGAAGAGGGCGUUGACUGAAACACUGAAACACACUUCACAUCAAGAGAAGAAGAAGAAGAAUCUGCUCCUCUAAGAUCUCCAGAGAAACAGCGCGAUUAACAUGAAUUUCCAGGGAUAUGGAGCACCGGCUGCUGCGGGAGGGUAUCCAGGAGGAUUCCCCGGACAGCAGCAGGACCCUCUGUACGGAUACUUCACUGCGAUCGCCGGACAGGAUGGCCAGAUAUCUGCAGAAGAACUGCAGGCUUGUUUGACUCAGGCCAACUUCUCUGGUGGCUACAGACCUUUCAACAUUGAGACGUGUAGACUCAUGAUCAGCAUGCUUGACAGAGACAUGUCUUGCUCCAUGGGCUUCAAUGAGUUCAAGGAGCUGUGGGCGGUGCUCAGCGGCUGGAAGCAGCACUUCAUGAGCAUCGACAGGGACAUGAGCGGCACAGUCGACCCACAGGAAAUGAACCAGGCCAUUUCCUCUAUGGGAUACAGGCUGAGUCCUCAGGCCAUGAACUGCAUAAUCAAGCGUUACAGCUCUAAUGGAAAGAUCUCAUUUGAUGAUUAUGUCGCCUGCUGUGUCAAACUCAGGAGCUUGACUGAUCUGUUCAGAAAGCGGGACCAGGCCCAACAGGGAAUGGCCACAUUUCAAUAUGAUGAUUUCAUCCAGUGCACCAUGAGCAUCUGAGAGAAGCCAUGGAUUCAUGCUAAGAGCAGACAAAAUAUCUACUUUAGCCUUACUUUUUAUAAUAUGCAUUUUUAAACAUCUCACGUACUUUCAUGUCAUAAUUUUUAUAACAUUGUUCUACUAUAAGUAUAAAAUGUACAUUUAAACAAUAUUGUUUGCAUAUGCAGCCUUAAAUGAACUAUGUUAGCAGUGCAACUACACUAGUGACAUUUACAGCCUAUCCACUCAUUUCAAACGUUAACGUGCAUCUUAUAUAUACAUAUAUUACAGUGUAGCGCCAUAACGAGCAUCCAACCCUGUCAGCAUGUUCAUGUACUUCCAGUGCAUUGGUUUGAAACUCUUAAUUUGACAUGGCCAGUUAUGAAAACGUCAAUGUGAGGAGGGCCAAGCUUCAGAUCCAUGUCAGUGCUGCUAUUUGGAUGUAAAAUGUAGAAUUAAAAUGUUAUAUUAUGUAUCACCAAA